AUGAUGGAAGGCCUACAUAUUCUUGAGAGAAUGAUUUUACUGCUUUCUUUGAUGAACAUAUAUUCAGAGGUUUCAGCGAUUCUAUUUUGUGAAAAGUCAGCUUUGACAGUAAGAUACGUUGAGAAUUGUCCAACAGACUCCACGUCCUGGAAGAACGCCGCCAAAAAGAUGAACUGUGAAUCCAUUGAACAACGUUGCUCAGAUGAGCAUCAUCGUUUUCAGUACCAUUGUGUCAUCAAUGCAUGGAGAAACGCCACUUUGGAAGUCUGCGCCCUUAAUAGAACUAUAAUUGGUUAUUGUACAGAGUACAGCAUUAACGGGACUGUGAUACAAGACAACUAUAGAGCAGACUGUACAAAGCUAAACCCGCCAUGUCCAACAUCGUACAACUCAGCAGAGGCGUAUAAGUAUCAAACUUGCUAUGACCUGGUGAAAAGGAAUCGUAAUGUGGUAGAAUACACUGUUAAAGAUUCGAAGCAUCCCAAUUCAGCUUCAGAAAGACUCUGUGACAAGCUGGCCUUACCAAUCCUGACCAUUUUCCUUGUGAUUCGUGCGCAUGUUUUGCAGUGA